AUGAGUGAUGACCAACAAAUUAAUUUCGAUAAAGAAAUAGAAGAAAAUGAGAUGGAUGAGGACAAUAGUGAAAUAAAUGAGCAGCAAGAAUCUACUACGACAGAUGCCCCACAGGAUAAUGGUAGAGAAAGUAUCAAUCUAUCAGCACUUCCAGAUUUCCCUGAACUCACCCGAAAGGAUAAGACAUUGAAAGAAGUUCUUGAUAUGAUGGAUAGCGAGUUUGCUCCAAUUAUACCUGAUGCUGUCACCGACUAUUAUUUAGCAAAAAAUGGGUUCGAAAGCUCAGAUAUCAAGAUAAAGAGGCUAUUAGCGCUAGCAACUCAAAAAUUUGUGCUGGACAUUGCUCAGGACGCAUAUGAAUAUUCUAGGAUCCGCAGUGCAUCAUCAGUCUACAAUUCUUCGAAUCCUCAAGUAAGAGCGAAACAGCUCUUACAGGGUCAGCAAUAUGCUAACCAACAGCUGAUUACUGGGGCUGGCUCUAAUGCUGCUAAUGGGGGAGACCAGCAACAGCCAAGUCAUAAUAGCAGCAAUGCUGGAAAUCAGCAAGGUAAAAUUGUGUUGACCAUGGAAGAUUUGAGCAAUGCUUUAAAAGAAUAUGGCUUGAAUACGUCGAGGCCUGAAUUUUAUCGCUAA